CCAUCUCACCCAUCGGCCAUCACCUCUCUCACAAACCUGCUACCACUUACUUCUUCCAAAUUUAGUUUUCACUCUCUUAACUAAACCUUCUCACAAAUGGCAUCCGUAUCCGUCGAGGAGAUUAGGAAUGCCCAAAGGGCUAAGGGGCCGGCCACCAUCCUCGCUAUUGGCACCGCCACGCCGGCCAACUGUGUCAACCAGGCUGACUAUCCUGACUUUUACUUCCGUAUUACUAAGAGCGAGCACAUGACAGAGCUCAAAGAGAAGUUCCAGCGCAUGUGUGACAAGUCCAUGAUUAAGAAGCGCUACAUGCAUCUAAACGAAGAGAUUUUGAAGGAAAAUCCCAACAUGUGUGCCUACAUGGCUCCAUCCCUCGACGCUCGCCAGGACAUCGUCGUUGUGGAGGUUCCAAAGCUCGGCAAAGAAGCCGCAGCAAAGGCGAUCAAAGAAUGGGGACAACCGAAAUCAAAGAUCACCCACCUCAUCUUCUGCACAACCUCUGGUGUUGACAUGCCCGGUGCCGACUACCAACUCACCAAACUCCUUGGUCUCCGUCCUUCCGUUAAGCGUUUCAUGAUGUACCAACAAGGCUGCUUCGCCGGUGGAACGGUGCUCCGUCUCGCCAAGGACUUGGCUGAGAACAACAAGGGUGCCCGUGUUCUCGUCGUGUGCUCUGAAAUCACCGCCGUGACUUUCCGUGGGCCAACUGAUACCCACUUGGACUCAUUGGUAGGACAGGCACUUUUCGGUGACGGUGCAGGAGCAUUGAUUGUCGGUUCGGAUCCCGAUACAUCCAUUGAGCGUCCUCUGUACCAGCUUAUUUCAGCUGCACAGACAAUUCUCCCUGAUUCUGACGGUGCAAUUGAUGGACAUUUGCGUGAAGUUGGUCUCACAUUCCAUUUGCUGAAAGAUGUUCCCGGGUUGAUCUCCAAGAACAUUGAGAAAAGCCUUGUUGAAGCAUUCACUCCAAUCGGCAUUAACGACUGGAACUCAAUUUUCUGGAUUGCUCACCCCGGUGGCCCCGCAAUUCUCGACCAGGUCGAGCUCAAACUGGGACUGAAAGAAGAAAAACUGAGGGCUACCCGACAAGUUCUAAGUGAUUACGGUAACAUGUCAAGCGCAUGCGUGUUGUUUAUCCUGGAUGAGAUGAGAAAGAAGUGUGUUGAAGAAGGCAAGACUACCACAGGUGAAGGGCUAGACUGGGGUGUUCUUUUCGGGUUCGGGCCGGGUCUGACCGUCGAGACCGUCGUUUUGCACAGUGUUCCUCUUGCUCCGGCAGCCGCCCACUGAAUCCCAU